AUGGCCGCUGAAGGUCCUAAUGGAGUUGGUAUCUGGAGGAAGGUGGACCACAGUAGGAAGUCGUCACCUAGGUGGGAUAUCGCUAAUGGUGGUAAGGGGAAGUUGGAGGCGAGGGAUGAAGCUAUCGUUACAUCCUUUUUUGUGUCGGAGUUUGGAGCUAGAUGGAAAGCUUUAGACUUGUUUUACGAGUUCAAGGCAUUUGGAGACAUUGUGGAGGUUGUGGUACCACCCAAGAAGGAUAGAUAUGGUAGGAGAUAUGGUUUUGUGAGGUUUGUUAAUGUGUCGGAUGUUAAAUCUCUCGAGACCAAGCUAGACAACAUGUUUCUCGACGGUAGGAAGCUGCAUGUCAACUUGACGAGAUUUAUAAGAUCUGUUCUUUUGAAGCCUUUUUCUGUCUAG